ACCGCAAACCAGUUUGCGAACGGCGAGUGCUUACACACAUCAAAUUCUUCUAUAUCCGUCCAAGAACAAAAGACGAAAAUGUUAUUAAAAAUCACCGAAAUUUUACUAAAAUGGAUAUGUUCUAUGUGAUGUUUGAUAUACCAUGUGGGUCUUCGUAUUGUUGAAUUUAUUGGCGACUUAUGGCCAACGACCGGUGACAGGUUCAGUUCAGGUCGAUAUGUUCUCAAGUCCCAAUUCAGCUAAAAUGGAUACAUCACAAUUUCAUUCUUCUACAAAGCAACUAGAGAUUCAUUCUUCUAGAACUCAGCCAGAAAGUCCUUAUAUCCAAUCUUCUGUUAUGAAUACAGUAAGCUUUCACAUUAGUUCUUCUCACACUCAACCAGAAAGUCAAUUUAUUCAGUCUUCUCAAAUUCAAUUAAAAAGUAAGCAAAUGAUUUCGUCUCGGAUAAAAUCAGAAAAUGAACAAGUUCGCUCUUCCCGAACAUCCAGAGAGUUUCUUCAAUUAUACUCUACCCCUGUACUUAUAGAAUCGAAAAAUCAUUCUUCCCGAAUGCCCGUACGUGUUUCUACGAAAUAUGUUCAACUUGUUUCUUCACAAAUAACCGCAGAUUCUCUUCAAUUUCGUUCUUCUGGAAUUCAUUUAGAAACUCAACCUUUAAUUUCUCCUACUCCUGCUUAUGUAUCUAUCACAAAAUCAAAAACUCCAUAUUUAUCAAAUGAUCAGCAUUCUUCGAACGUACCCAUUGUAACGUUAAAUUUGUCGUCUAUGCAGUAUUCAAAUUUAGAAAAAUCUUCUUAUUUAAAUACUCCGAUAUCUGAAUCUAAAAUAACGUAUCAACAAAUAUCACCAACACCGACCAUUGCUCGUAGUGAAUUGCAAUACUCUACUGAUAUCACAUGGAGUCCUCCUUUAGAUGUAACUUCUCCUAUUAGAAUUUCUGGUAAACAAUCAAAAGACAAAGUUCCUUCUUUAUAUGAUAUUAUUGGUGGAAUUAUUCAUCUUUUUGAUGGUGACGCCGAAUCAAAUGAAACACAUGUUUCGAGGAUUCCGCAUGAAGAAAAAUCGGUUUAUCCAUCUAGAAAAAAUGAUAGAGGACCGCCAAAAAUAUAUCCAUUAAAUUCUGAUAAAUCAGUAUCAAUAAGUCCCAAAAUUUAUCCUACUGCUUCAAUUCCUGAUCAUGUUAUCACUCAAUCGCCUUUUAUUUCAACAAUCGUUCCUUUGAAAUCAUCUAUCGAGUUAGAUUCCUUAGAACAAAAUAUUGAAACUGUAACAAAAACUUCUGUAUUACCAGAUUUAACGAGUAAUAGUCUUUUAAAUAUGUUUAAAAGUCGCUCUGAAAAUCCGUCCUUAUCUACAAGUAUCAUUAAAAUAUCAUCCUUUAUUCAUGACUCAGAAAAAAUUUUAGGUAUUGAAGAUUCAGUAUCAAUUAAACAAAUAUCGAAAAGUAUUGGCUUACAAUCUGAAGUUCCUAGUGGCCCUGUUACGGAUUGGGUGCCUUUAAUAGAUCGUCCUACAGUUAAAGCUAAGCCAGAAUUUUCAGCGAAUAAUACUGGAUUAUCGAUUAUCACAGAACCUUCCGUUUUUGAUAUAACCAUAGUAAAUUCAAUUGAACAUUCAGAUGUUACAAGAGAUUUUCCUGUAGAACAUUCCACGCGCUCUAAUACAGAUUCCAUCUAUGUGCCAAAUGAAAACGUUGAUCAUACGUCUCCUAUGCCAGAUUACGAAGCACCUAAUGAAGAAGCUGCGGAAAUAGAUGAAGUAAUUGUAACUCUUUUAGGAUCCGGAACUUUAAAAUCUGAGAGUUCCACAGUUACAUCAUCAUCAUCAUCAUCAUCAUCAUCAUCUGUAGGACCUGCUACAGGUCGUCCUUAUGUUAUACCUGUGGAUAUAGAAGAAGUAAGACCUUUCAUAGGUGCACAGAUACCAUCUCAGCCAACAAGUAAACCCAAUGGUCAUGUUCAGAUUGCUGCUGCAGGAAUAAAUGUGGCAGAUGAAAACAAUGGAAAUAAUUCUCCUUCUCAAAAGCAUCCUACUCUUUUAAGGCCAGGGAGACCUCGAGUCAAUCCUCCAAUAAUCAGAAUCGACACGUGCAUUGUUGGUGAUGAUACAACUUGUGAUGGUAGUUUGAAUGAAUAUUGUAAAGCAGAACAAGGAAUCAGUUCGUGUCAAUGUCGACCCGGUUACGCAAGAACAUUUCCUAGAGGGCCUUGUCAAGGUGUUGUUUCUGUUUUGGUAUCAAUCAGAAUUGACCGAAUCGGUGAUCAAAAAAUAAUUUUUAAUCGAAAUUACUUAGAUCCUAACAAUCAAAUAUAUCAGCAAAUGGAAUAUGAAGCUAGACAAGCUAUCAAUUCUUUAUUCUCUUAUACAUCGUUUGCUCGUUCUUUUAUGGGAACCAAAAUUAAUAAAUUUUAUUCAUUAGGAAGCAAACUGAUUGUCAAUAGCACAAUACUAUUUGACGAAACAGCCAAAUCGUCUAUUCUGAGACAAAAAAUCAGACAAGAAAUGGUUAAAGUUAUAUCAAGUAGAAAUCAAAAUAUUGGUGAGAGUCAAUUAUAUGUGGAUGGUCCAUUAAACCCUGUACCUGCCAUAGAAGAUCUGAACGAAUGUGCAGAUCCCAGUUUAAAUGACUGUUCUUCUAAUGGAUAUUGUAGAAAUUUAUUUGGAAGUUUCCGUUGCUUCUGUAAUGCAGGAUUUAUGGAUAAGAAUCCAAAUGAUCAAAGAAAAAGUGGAAAGACAUGCACAUCUUGCUCAUCAGAUUAUUGUAAUAACCAUGGUAUCUGCAUUAUUUCAAACGGAAUAACAGAAUGCAAAUGUCGAGGUAAUUAUAUUGGUUCCAGAUGCGAAACCGAUGGGGAAGUUGUAGGUGUUUCUGUAGGAGCUUCUCUUGCAGCAGCCAUAAUAAUUAUUCUUACUCUAGUAUGUUUGUGCGUUUGGAAUCGUCGAUGGAAACGAGAACAACAUAAAGCCGAAAUGGCGUCAGUUCCAUCAAUGGCUUCUUUUGGAAACAAAUCUUUAACACCCAUAAACACAUACAGAUUGACGAUAGAAGACAGAGUGAGAUGGGCACAUAUUGCCGAUGCGAUGGGGAAUGGUUAUAUGCCAAACGAGCGCCCGGGAAGGCCUCAUCCCAAUAAAACCGAACGAGAAGAUAAUUAUUACGGCCAUCCAGGAAGGCCCAAACCAAGAAUGUGUGUUAGCAAUACACCUCCUAAUGGAUAUUAUAAUCAGGAUUUUCUUCCAAGAGAUGCAUAUCAUCCGUUAUCUAAUCGUAUCAUACCUUCUGCUUCUCGAUCAUAUUAUAAUUAGACUUGUUUACUCGUCUUUGUAUUUCCUGAAGAAGACGUUAAAAGUAUUAAAAAGACUACAUUCCACGUAUGCAAGGUUAAUUGGCCUACAACCGCAAUGAAAGGGGGUAUUUUUAUAUGUGAUUUUUAUUCGUCUGAAAAA